AGUGAAAGUAAACUUCUCUUGCCACUUUCGGUGUCGACCACCUCACUUCUGCAGACACUGGUACCGGGAGUAGAGGAACAUCUGUCCCGAGUCAUGACCUCCUCUCCGUCCGAGCUGCUGAGAGACGCACCGAGGAGGCAGCUGCAGCAGCAGGAUGGACCGGGACCCGCCCUGCUGAGACCCCACCAGGGGCGCGCUGACCCCGGGACAGAGGGGAGCGCUCAGUGCGGCAGACACAACUGCCCGCUGAACAUUUACUGCUGCACCGACGGGGAGAUCAUCUGUGUGAAGUGCGCUUCACACGAACACCGGGGACACCGGAUCGGCUGCGUGGAAGAGGAGCGGAGGAGGAAACAGGAGGAGCUGAAGAAGAUCCAGACCAAGUCCAAACUGAUUCUGCUAAACCGAAAGAGGAAAUUCAGAAACCUGAAGAAAAUCCUGGAACAGAUUCCGGAGGAGGCGGUACAAACGGCGGACUACUGUGAAGCUGUGCUGGCCAGUGUCAUUGACUCGCUGCAGAAACAUUACUUCUCAGUGAGGCAACUGAUUGGAGCCCAGGGGGAGGAGGCGGCGGCUCGGGUUCACGGCUCCAUGCAGACCCUGGAGGCCGAGAUGGAGGAGAUGGGAAAGCGGGAUGAAGAGCUGAAACGUCUUGCGCGGACGGACACAGAUGUCUGUUUCCUGCAGAAAUGGUCCCCACUGCAGCGUCUCAUUGAAGAUGACCACCUCCAGCCUCUGGACGAGGCCUCAGAGGACCCACUCCUCCCCUUCCAGUUCACAAGAAGAGCUGUCGAGCGGAUCGGGAGGCAGAUGAAGAAGUUUUGCAACAAUGAGUUUUCCUUGCUUUCUGACAAUGUUGACAGAGGAGAGCAACAGGAAUCAGCAGAGGAGACAGAGGAGGCAGAGGAGGCAGAGGAGACUGAGGAGACUGAGGAGAUUGACAUGGAGCAAGAACAUGAAGCCAGUGUCUCACAGUUCCACGGUUCCUCAGGAGGUGACAGCUCUCUGACAGAACCGGCUGAGGAGCCGACCACCAGAGCAGAGUUUCUCCACUACGCAUGUGACCUCACCCUGGACCCCAACACAGCUCAUGAGGAACUGGUCGUGUCUGUGGGAGGCAAAGAGGUAAAGCGGAACACUCAGAUAUCGACCAGCUCUUAUCAACCGAUCCGUCACCCAGAGAGGUUUAUCCACCGGCGGCAGGUGCUGUGCAGGGAGGGACUGCAGGCCGAGCGCUGCUACUAUGAAAUCGAGGUGGAAGGCGACAAGCUGGAGAUCGCCCUCGUCUACAAAGGCAUGGAAAGAAAGUCCCGCACCAAGCUGUCGGCCUUUGGGGGCACUGCCUCCUCCUGGAGCCUCGAUCGAUGGGCAUACUACUCAGUGAGUCACAACAAUGACAGCGUUCAGCUCACAAGGUGCCCCGGUCACCACAGGAUCGGGGUUUAUCUGAAGGUCAAGGAGGGGACUCUGUCGUUCUACGAGGUGUCGGACAGUAUGAUCUUUCUUUACAAGGUGGAGGCCAAAUUCACCGAGCCGCUGUAUCCAGGCUUCUGGCUCGGUAAGGAAUGUUCCAUCAGGAUCUGCGAUUUGACACAGGAUAGAUGAUGAAGGAUUUAGAGGUUUAUAAACACCCAGUUCAUAUCUCAGUUUCCUUUUGUACAACUAGUAUAGAUUAUUUAUUUUUUGUUUUAUUCCUUUUGUUACAACUAUGUACUUUUCAUCACAUUGUAUUUAAGUCGUCUGUUGCUGGUAGUUUAAUAUUUCUCUGUGAGCUUAAAUAUAAACAUAUGAAUUUAUUAUCUUUUAUUCUUUUGAAUUUUAUUUACAUUUCACAAUGUUAAAGAAAGUGAAAAGAAAAAAUACUGAAUCUGAACCCAAAUUGAAUGGGUUGCUUAGGUCAUGCCCCACCCCUUACUGAAAUGUCAUGUUUCAUGUAAUCCUGCAAACAAACAAACAAAUAAAAAAUAAAAAUCUAACCUUGUUGGUGACAGUUACCAAAAAAAUUCA